GUACCAAUCAUGAAGACUCUUAGUGUUUUCCUAGCCAUCUGCUUGGCUGUAGUUUCUGCAAUCCCUUUGAAAGACCCAUCUUGGGAAGCCUGGAAGUCAUUCCAUGGAAAAAAAUAUCAUAAUCAAGGCGAAGAUGACUUCCGUCACUACGUCUUUUUGCAAAACAUCAAAACCAUUGCCGCUCACAAUGCCAAAAGUACAUUUAAAAUGGCUAUCAACGAAUUUUCCGAUUUGACGAGGAAAGAGUUUGUCAAAACUUACAAUGGCUAUCGUUUAAGCAUGAAGAAAUCCACAAAUAAGCCAUCCACUUUUAUGGCCCCAUUAAAUACCAAUAUGCCAACUGAAGUCGAUUGGCGUAAAGAAGGCUAUGUUACCCCUAUUAAAAAUCAAGGUAGAUGUGGCUCGUGCUGGGCUUUCAGUACUACUGGCUCAUUAGAAGGACAACAUUUCAGGAAAACAGGCAAAUUGGUCUCCCUUAGCGAACAAAAUCUUAUCGAUUGCUCUGCAGCUGAAGGAAAUGAUGGAUGCGGAGGUGGAUUUAUGGAUGACGCAUUCGAAUAUAUCAAGCUCAAUAACGGUAUCGAUACUGAGGCUAGUUACCCAUAUGAGGGCCGGGAUGAUAUUUGCAGAUAUAAGAAAACUAACAAAGGCGCCAUAGAUACUGGCUAUAUGGAUAUCAAACAAUAUAGUGAAGACGAUCUCAAAGCUGCCGUUGCUACUGUCGGACCUAUCUCUGUUGCUAUUGAUGCCAGCCACAAAUCAUUCCACAUGUAUCACACUGGAGUUUAUCACGAACCUGAAUGCAGCCAAACUGUAUUAGAUCACGGUGUCUUGGUUGUUGGAUACGGUACCGAAAAUGGCGAAGAUUACUGGCUUGUCAAGAACAGCUGGGGUACCGAUUGGGGAAUGAAUGGUUACAUCAAAAUGUCUCGUAACAGAAGCAACAACUGUGGUAUUGCUACAAAUGCUAGCUACCCUCUUAUCUAAACAUGCUACAAUUCGCAAUUUUCACAUUAUUAAUAACGCAUACUAACAACCAUCAUGCAGCGAUGCUAUUUACCGUGCGACUAUGAAAUCGAAUGUUUAUGUAGUAAUAAUUAUUAAAGAUGUGCAAUUGUAUUGUAUAUUGCUAUCAUCUCUACUUAAAAAGAAAUAUUGUAGAUAUUUUAAGCGAUCCCUGAUUUUGUUGACCUAAAAUAUAUUGCAAAUAAAAUUUCAAAAAUAUCUUCUCUA